AAAAAGGAAAAAAAAGAAAAAUCAGAAAUUAAAAAGGACAAUCAAUAUUUUGAAGAUAUCAUUGAUAUAGAUGAAAAUAUCUCAAAGGAUUUUGAAUUUCUAUCAAAUGCACCAAUUUCAGAAAAUGAUCAUUUUGUUUUUCAAUCAGAAAAAGAUUGGACCAUUGAUAUUUCCAAAUAUUCUGAAUUUUUUACAAUAGAUCUAAAGACAUUAUCUGCAGCAAUAGAAGCAAUUCCAUUUAAUAACAAUGUUAAUAUUGAUACAAAAUAUUUUACUGAUGAUCAAAUAACAGAUAUUUAUAAUAAUGCUGAACGAGGAAAAGAGAAAUAUAACAAAAUAUUAAGUAAUACAGAAGAAAUAGUUACAAAUAUUAUAAAAGAUGAAAACAAAAAUCAAGAUUCACUAGAAAAUACAGCUGAAGAAUUAGAUUUUUUAUUAUCAUGUCGAGAACCUAUAAAUGAUCCUUUAAUGAUUGUAAAAUCUUUACCUUUUUCUUGUAAUACUGAUUCAAAAAUAAAAACUAAAUCUAAUACAUCUACUAAAUCUUUAGAUUUAGAAAAGUGGUUGGAUUCCAUAUUGGAUGAUUAAAUAAAAAUUAUCAUUAAUUAUCUUAUUAUUUCUUAUUUUAAAAUGUUAUAUGUUAAAUGUAUCAAAAAAUUUGUUACAUAUUGUUCUCUAUAUACAACUUUAAACUUUUGUUAAAUUAAGAUUUCUUAUAAUAAAAAAAAUAAAUAAAAAUCAUUUAAAUUAAGA